UAAAUGUUUCAUAUAUUCUUUGUAGAUUUCCAAUUGCUCUGUUGUUUCACCAUUUUUUUAUUGCAUGAUAUUUGGUAUGACAUUUGGGUUCUAACUGGUUUUGUCUAUUUGUUGUUGAUGGAUGGUACCUUCCAGAACUAUAUCACCAAUUCAGGAAACAAGAAGAAUUCAUGGGAAGUAGAUUCUGAUCCACAGGGAGGAAAAGGUUUCCCAAUAAAUUUUUAGUGUUCACUAUUCAAUGGCUGUAACUCAAGCUAAAACUGUUGUGGCUCCAUUGAUGAAUAUCGUUAAAUUUAAAGGAAUGUCUAUCUUACAGCAGCUUCAUUUGGAGGAGCGGUUGUUCAGGACCUCUUCCAAUAAUUGGUGCAUCAUAAAUGAUGGAACAAAUGCUCCUAGUAUUGUCAUGGGAGUGAGCGGGAAACUGUCCGAACUUCUUGAGCUUAAACUUGUGUUGCAAGAUAAGGUUCCUGUGGUCAGAAGAUUUACUGGGGGUGGCACUGUCGUUGUUGAUCCUGGGACCAUAUUUGUGACUUUUAUAUGCAACAAGGAUGCUGUUCCUAAUGUAGAACUAUAUCCACGCCCCAUCAUGUCUUGGAGUGGUCUGAUCUAUGAAGAUGUGUUUCGAGGGAUUGCUGAUUUCCAUCUCUGUGAGAAUGAUUAUGUUUUUGGGAACUACAAGUUCAGUGGAAACGCUCAAUCUAUAUCAAGAAGACGGUGGAUUUACCACACUUCCUUUUUAUGGGAUUACAAGGACAGGAAUAUGGCUUGCCUAAAAGUACCAAGACGGGCUCCUGAAUAUCGAUCAGCAAGGAGUCAUGUAGAAUUCGUUUGCCGUAUGAAAGACUAUCUGUCGACAUCAGAUUUCAUCGACAGAACUGUUAAGGCUGUCAAGACUCAUUUCUCGUUGACAUCCAUUCAAUUGGAAGAAGUCAGUAUUCAUGCCAAGACAUCAUUUGCCCAUUCCAGCAAGUUGCUGACAAAGGCAGAACUGGAGGCAGCUUUUGCAACUCAGAUGAACUUAAAUGGGGAGAGCACUGGAUUGAAUCAGGUACAGGUAGGUUUGAAACACAUUCAAUCUAACUGAAGACAACUCUGUUAAGAUGGGUUGAUCAUAGCCCUGAAAAUGGAAUUGCUACUCACCAUUCUCUUGUAAUAAAAUUAGCAAUC